UCUUUGUCAGCUUCCACCAUGGCGUACCGUGGCCAGGGCCAAAAAGUGCAGAAGGUGAUGAUGGUUCAGCCCAUCAAUCUCAUCUUCAGAUACUUGCAAAAUAGAUCUCGAAUUCAGGUGUGGCUUUAUGAGCAAGUGAACAUGCGAAUAGAGGGCUGUAUCAUUGGUUUUGAUGAGUACAUGAACCUCGUAUUAGAUGAUGCCGAAGAGAUUCAUUCUAAAACAAAGUCAAGAAAACAACUGGGUCGGAUCAUGCUAAAAGGAGAUAAUAUUACCCUGCUCCAGAGUGUCUCCAACUAGAAAUAAUCAGUGAAGUGAGAAAUUCUUGAGAAGGCCAUGUAGUUUGUUUUUUUAGGUGUCCUUUGUUGUGAGUGUAGUUCUAAAACAUUUGUUCGUAUUGUUUUGAUUACCUUUAUGUUAUUACCAGAGGACAAUAAAUGCUGUGGAAUUGCUUUUA